AUGCAGUGGUUCUGCUGGCAUGUGGCAGUGAAGAUGAGCCUGGGAUUUCUGUGUCUCUUUCUGGUUUUCAACACAGCUUCCUGCAUAAGAAGAGAAAAUAAUAAAGAGAAGCAAGUGGCAGUGCUGGCUACUGCAGAGCUGCCUGCGAAGUCCGUGGAUCUGGCUGCUGUUAACCUGACAGAGCUGAUCAAUGGAAUGCUGAACACGGUGCUCAGAGGUACCAAAAAGCUCUUCUCUUUGCUGAGCAUCACGUCUUACAGCUCAUUUGCCUUCCACAAAGAAUCAGUCACCAUUUAUAACAUUUCUAAUGUGAAAAAUGUUGACCCUGGCAAGUUCCCUAUGCAUUACUGCUACUGUUUGAACAAUGUGACAAAUGACUUGACAGAUUUCACAGCUUUACUUGUUGAUAUUACUGGAAACUCCACCAGUUAUCUCACAGAAAUAUUCAAAUCCACUUCUAUUCUCUCAGUGCGUCAGAGCAAUGAUUCAGAUUGUAUCUACAUCUGUGUGAUGACAGGGCAGACAGGGAGAAAUCUGUCUGACUUUUGGGAAGUGCUGGAGAAGUCCCCUGUUAUUAAUUAUACAUUUUCUAGUAACACAUCUUCUGACCUGGAUCUAGAUUCGAUGUUUUCAAGUGUCAUGAAAUUACAGGAAGACCCAAAGAAAACAGUGGAUCCAUCAGCAGAACAUGCGUGGACAUUUAAAACUACCAGGAUCCCUCUUGCCCAGGAAGUGGAGGAAAUCAUCACCACGAGGUCCCCACCAGGGCCAAAGACGGUUGGAGUGAAAGAAUUGUUUCCACCACUGCAUGUGGAUGAUCCUGGACUACUCGGUGACACGGAUGCAUUUUGGAUGCAGACAGCAUCUUCUCAAGAAACCAGCAAACUCAUACAAACAGAGCCAGAUUUGCCUUCUGCAGUGCUGUCUGUGCCACCCUACAGACCUGGUGUGAGCCUGAAACUUUAUUCAGCUACCAGGUGUUCACAGGCGAUGCUCAAAGACUUCCGUGUGACCUCACCUCCUGUCACUCUUCUAGUGCAGAAGAUCAAUCCCUGUGUGAUGGAGCUGUGUAGGUUUUUCCAGCUGUGCCUCUGUGUUGGCCAGAGAAGAUAUUCCAGGAAGGAAGGCAUGAGGUACUGUGUCGAAUACUAUUCUUGGUUCUUGAAAAAUGCAAAUUAUGUCUGUGCAAGAGUCAAAAGAGUUGCUUACUCCCAAACACUAAAACAAAAAUGCCUUAAAAACAUCUGUACAUCGGUCUAG